AUGAAGUUACUUCUAAUUUGGGUAAGUAUCUUUUCAUUGUUCCUCCUCUUUCAAACAUCCAAGUCCAUUGAGGAUAGUGCUAUUGAUUCAUUGGUUAGUUUCUUUGAAACUCUUUCUCAAAACUUUUCACAAUCUGUUCCUGUUUCCGGCUGGACCAGAACUUCUGAUCCUUGCACUAGUAACUGGACAGGUGUCUUCUGUUAUGAUCAAACACCACCGUCGGUUAAGUCAAUAACCUUAAACAGUUUCAACCUUUCAGGUUUCUUUAACCCGGGAACUAUUUGCAAUGUUCCAUCUCUUGCCAAUUCUAUUGUUGUUAUUAGCCUAGAGAACAAUAAUCUCCAUGGUGAAAACUUUUAUGAUAUUUCUAACUGCAAAAGACUCACUCACUUGUAUAUAAGUGGAAACCAAUUCUCAGGUAAUCUUCCUGAUUCUCUCUCCCAUUUAAACAACCUUAAAAAACUUGAGAUAUCAAAUAAUGGGUUCACUGGGUCUCUACCGGGUUUGAACCGGAUAACAGGCUUAACAGAAUUCCUUGCUCAAAACAAUAAUUUCUCAGGUUCCAUUCCCGAAUUUGACUUCUCAAAUUUAGAAACCUUCAAUGUCUCCAACAAUAAUUUCUCUGGUCCUAUUCCACCCAGUGGUGACGUGUUUACUUCCACAAGCUAUCUUAAUAAUCCUCAACUAUGUGGCGCUCCAUUGCCAAACAAGUGUGAAACCCCAGAUACACCCCAAAACUCAAGUGCCUCAGGUGAUCAUAAAAGUAACGGGCCAAGUUCAUCCGAAAUCCUCAUGUAUUCGGGCUAUGCUAUCGUGGGUUUAUUUGUGGUCCUUCUCAUAAUGCUCAAACUAUGCAAAAAGAGAAAGGAAAUAGAAGAACCUAUAAAACAAGAAGAUAUAGAAAACCAGCAUGCAAAACAAGAAGAUGUUUCAACAACACUAACUUUUGCAUCAAAUGAGUUUAAAAGUGUCAACAUGAGUAAAUCCGAAGUCUUUAUGGGUAAUUCGGUAGAGAGUGCACCGGUUUCUUCUUCAUUGAUUGUUCUUACAAGCCCGGAAGUGAAUGGGUUGAAAUUUGAAGAAUUAUUGAAGGCGCCUGCUGAGUUGUUGGGGAGAGGAAAACAUGGGAGUGUUUAUAAGGUGAACUGUGAAGAACAAGGGAUGACACUUGCAGUUAAAAGGAUUAAAGAUUGGUCGUUAUCCUCGAAUGAUUUUAAGGUAAGGAUGAAAAGGUUGAAUCAUGUGAAGCAUCCUAACUUGUUGCCGGUUAUCGCAUUUUAUUGUUCUAGACAAGAGAAGCUUUUGGUGUAUGAGUAUCAGCCUAAUGGAAGUCUCUUGAAGCUACUUCACGGAUUGCAAAUAGGUCAAACAUUUGACUGGAGCAGCAGGCUAGGAGUUGCAUCCACCAUUGCGGAAGCUCUAGCCUUGAUGCAUCGCGAGCUUCUUCCAGACGGCAUUGCUCACGGGAACCUAAAGUCCUCUAACAUUUUGUUCAACAAGAACAUGGAGCCAUGCAUCAGUGAGUACGGUCUAAUGACAGUGGACAAUUCCGACAAUUCACCACCACUGAUCAUCAACAACGACGACUUUCGGUUCAACAAUGCUGCUCAAAACGAGUAUGCAUUCCGAGCUGAUAUUCAUGCAUUGGGAGUUAUUCUGCUUGAACUAUUAACGGGAAAGAUGCCCGUGGUUGAAAACAAUGGAAUGGAUUUGGGUACAUGGGUGGUGUCAGUGGUUAAAGAAGAAUGGACGGUUGAAGUGUUUGACCGGGCCUUGAUUCGUGAAGGAGCCAGUGAAGAGAGGAUGGUCAACUUGCUGCAGGUUGCUAUCAAAUGUGUUGACCGAUCACCUCACGCGAGGCCUAGCAUCAACCAAGUUGCUGUUAUGAUCAACAAUAUCAAAGAGGAAGAUGAAAGAUCCAUUGAUGUUUCCGGAUCUCCUUUUGACAUACGGAACCAAUUAAUUUACUAA